AUGGCAACGUAUGGUGACGAGCCAGUCGACAGCUAUUUCUAUUCCUCUUACAACCCCUACACGGGCAGAUACCCCAGAGCUAAAGACGCCAGGUGGAAGUAUAAAAGUUACCUGUCCCAUCACUAUGGGGACACCGACGCCUUUAACAACCAGCAGCGCGCGCAGCUCAAGUCCAUCUUAUCCCAGAUCAACCCCAAACUCACCCCGAGGCUCCGGAAGGCGAACACCAAGGACGUGGCGGUGCAGGUGAACCCGAAGAGAGACGCCUCGGUGCAGUGCUCCAUCGGUCCGCGGACGCUCCUGUCCAUGAAGCGGGACUUCCGGCGCAGAAGGAGGCAGGAGCCCGGCGGAAGCGGCGGAAGCGGCGGAAGCGGCAGCAGUCCCAAGGCGGCGGCGACGGCGGCGGCGGGCGGUGUGCGUUACCCCCGCACCCUCGCCGUGUACUCCCCUAUCGCAUACAGAAGCGUCACCUCCUUCCUGGUGGACGACGACGACAACAACAACAAAAACAACAACAACAGUAAGGAAGCCUCCUGCGGGGAGGCGCAGCCCGGUGACCCGCCCGAGUCCCUGGGGAAGAGGCGCGAACACACUCAGCCUGCUGAGGAUGAAAAGACCCAGAAGCUCCCCGACCAGCGCGAUAAGCUCAAGUCCAAACAGGUGAAGAGCGACGAUGAGAGUUCACAGGACAAGGCUCGCGUGCGGUUCCAGUUUCUGGAACAGAAGUACGGAUAUUAUCACUGCAGAGAAUGCAAUCUGCGAUGGGAGAGUGCCUAUGUGUGGUGCGUUCAGGGCACCAACAAGGUUUACUUCAAGCAGUACUGUAGGAAAUGCCAAAAGGACUUCAACCCAUAUCGUGUUGAGGACAUCACAUGUCACACUUGCAACAAAGCGCGUUGUUGCUGUGCAAUAACACAACGCCACGUCGACCCCAAACGGCCCCACAGACAGGACUUGUGUGGCAGAUGCAAAGGCAAGCGUCUCUCCUGUGAGAGCACGUUCAGCUUCAAAUACAUCAUCUGAGGGCCAGCUCCACUGAACUCUGCCUUGAAUACAUCAGUACAAGUCCUGGGGGGCGGGGGGGGCAGCAUCCCCGGCCCAGUGCCAUAUUCACAGAUGGAAU